CACAGACGAGCAGAGCAUGCGCACAGUUAAAGAGAUCCAUCUGUCAUCAUAGACGAUCUUUGUUUGAGAGAAAUGGCGUCGGAUAACGGACUAGCCUCUCUGGGGGUGGAGGGAGCAUCAGCAGCUGCGCAUGCGCUGUCUCAGCGAGCAGAAGAGUAUGAAAAUGAUCCCCGUCUGGAGGAGAUGUGGGCGAUGAAGGCCUACAACCACGCGGAGGUUUACUUCAAUCUCAUCUCGUCGGUCGAGCCGAAGUUCCUGAAGUUGACGAAACUGGACGAUAAAAUCUACACGGACUUCAGAGAAACAUUCAAAGAGCUCGACAUCAAACUGCUGAAAGUCGACGACCUGAAGUCGGAGCAGGCCAAAGAGACGUGGCGUCCGUUCUGUAACCAGUUUGAAGGUCUCAUCGAGGAUUUUAACUACGGCACUCUGCUGCGUCUGGACUGUGAGAAGGACUACACAGAGGAGAACACCAUAUUUGCCACCAGAGCUCAGUUCUUUGCUGUGGAAAUCGCCCGGAACAGAGAAGGCUACAACAACGCCGUGUUCAUGUCCAAGAGCAGCAAGAGCUAACCUCCAGUAAGGAACCAAUGAGGAGCCAGUGGUGAACCAGUCCAUCCCCGACCCCCUCCACAUCGCCCCCCCAACAAGGAGCAGACGCAUUUUAUUUAAAAAAAGAUCCGUCAGUGUUACUUUGAUUUCCACUGAAGUCCGAUUUGUUCCACGGCGUCCGCACGCGUCAACUCUUUUUGUAUUUACUGUAAAGUUUUUGUUUUUGUGCCAAUCAUAACAAAGUUUGUUUCUUUUGUAAAAAAACACAGACGUUGAUUUUUUUCGUUUGUUGUUAAGAGACAAAUUAAAGUCAGCUGAAUUUUA